UUUCGAUACAGAUUUAUUGCAAAAUGCAAUAAUUAUUAGUGAUGUAAAUAGUCCGUAUUUCUUUGUUCUAAAGUAACCAACAAUGUUUCUUAAAAAAAAUCAUAUUCUUCAAGCCUCAAAAUAAAUAUUAUGGCAGUUCCGGAAACACACAAAUGCUUGAAUAUAUUUUACUGAUCUUUCUUAUAACCUGUAUACUGUAUGCGUAUUCACGAGAUGACAGACUGUUCGCGAGCACAGCUGCUGGCCUGCAGGAAGUGUGGUGCAACAACUGUCGGCUGCGCUGCCGGCGACUACGCAAGCAGGUGUACACCGUGGUGACGGAGGGCGCGGGGAGCAGCGAGAAUCCAGGCAGCAGCCGCCCUGUUGCUGUGCACCAGAGUUGCAUCUGCGAGUCAUGCCCUUGCGCCCUCGUUGAAGCUAUCCUAGACACCUGCAAGCCGGUCACGAAAACAUACGGGUUCAUCGUGGCAGUCCUUUUUCAAGCUUACUAUGAUUUUAUAGAAACGACAGUCGACAUGUACUACAGGCUUCAGUACAUUUUGACGCAAAAUCAAGAGACGCGCAGAUCUUCACAGCUCACCGCGCCCAUCGAGUCAUCUAAAAUAAAAAUCAGAAAUAAGCCGAUAUCCAGACAGGAUGUAUCAUUGCGCAGGGAAGAUGACAGGACCGAGCCACGGACCAGCGCGGGGCAUGACCGAGAUGACGCGGACAGGUCGGAGUAUGAUAAUAUACCGGGCACCGACUGCCCCGCUUGUGUGGAGAAAGGUCUCACUUGCAUCGGCAGAUGUCCUGCAGAGCGCUUCAAAAGAGAAUAAAUAAAUUCA